AUUUUGUCCACGCGGGCACUCGUGCCCAGAGUGAUUUUCAAUCUACUGGGUCCAAGAAUUGAAAUGCACAGUGGGUUUCCAGCACCUCAAUCUGCCUGCCACCUGCUGGUCCAUAUUUUUUUUAUUUUAACGUAUAAAUCAUUCUGUUUUAGUUUAGUUGUUCGAACUAUAGUUGAAUCAGAAAACAGAAAUAACCUUUGGUGUAUGAUGAUAGUUUGGAUGUGUUUUUGUGCUUAGACUAUAACUAUGCUGACAUGUGGCUUAGUCAAGAACAUGGUCAAAAACAAAGUAUAAAAAAACUUUGGCUCCAAUAAUAAAAACAAAUUGUGUUCAUGGAUACAAUUCUCAACAAUUCUAGAAGAGUUCUAGAACUGAAGUAAUCAUCAGAAAGAGACUGAAACUAGCUAAUUCCAUAACAACAUUCUCCCCCCACUCUCAAAUUGUGAAGUCCUCUCUCAUUAAGUUUUUCUCAUGGGAAAUAUAAUCAAGAGAAGCAGCAGAGACCUGGUCAUUGACAGUGCCAAGUCACUGAAAGAUGGCCCAUCCACAGAACUUCACACUAAACUCUAUAAAGCCAUAAUGCAAGAAGACUGCACUAUGAUUAAGGCGCUCCUAAGAAAUCAUCCCAUCAAUGAGCCCAUCAUCAUUCAGGCUGAGUCCACCCGCUACAGACCACUUCUCGACCAGCAGACAUACUCCAUCAUCCCUAUUCAUCUUGCUGCAGAAUUCCGCAAAGCACAAAGUUUGCUUUGUUUGUUAGAAUACGGUGCUGACCCAGAAGUAAGGGACCCAAGUGGCCUUACCACACUCCAUUUGAUGCUACUGCACUGGCCGAUCACUUCUACUACGUGGACUAAACCAGGCAACAGAAUCCACAGAAUCCUGACAGACAUUCGAAAUAAUGAUGUCACGUGUCUCCGCAUUUUGUGUGAACAUGGAGCUCAAGUUAAUGCUCAAGUAGAAAACAGCAAUAAACAUUCACCCCUCCACCUGGCUAUAACAUAUGGGACCUACUCAGUUCUUUCCAUUUUGAGUCAAAAUGGUGCCCAUGUCAAUGCUAUCAAUCAAUCUGGCAUGACACCCCUUCACAUGGCUGCAGCUAUAUUGAAUAAAGAUAUGAUGGAAACACUCAUUGCCUGUGGAGCAAAUGUUAACUGUGUUGUCUCUUCCACGGGGAGCACAGCCCUGAAGCUGGCAGUGUGCACUGCCGCAAGCAAAGCAGGUCGACUGCUAGAAGCAGGAGUGAGCUGCAUCCGUCUGCUUCUAAUUCAUGGAGCCAAAGUCAAUGUCCAGGACCAUAAAGGUCAAACAGCUAUGCAUGAGGCAUGUUUUGGAGGCACAGAGGAGAUAAUCAACCUCUUGCUUGAAUUUGGAGCAAAUGUUAAUAUUUUAACAAGAAACGGGGAAUCUCCAAUUUACAGGUUCCUUCAGCGCAGUUCCAAUAUUAGAGAUACAGCACUUCUUACCAGACUACUUUAUCGCACUUAUCCUUUGAGACUGACCAAUGACCAAAGAAUUCUACCUGUGGGAAUCAGGCUACCAGAAUUCCACCUCUUAAGGAAAACCCUAGUAAAGUUAUCUCAAAAACCUUUGUCCCUUGAGGAUAUCUGUAAAAGAAACAUCAGAAAUAUUUAUGGUGAGAAAUACAAACACUACCUGAAGCAACUCCUCCCUACGAAGGUAUGGAAUUCUGUAUACUAUUGUUAUGACUUAGCUUACCUCUUGAAAUAAGACCUCAAAGUUUCACAGGGCCACAGAAUUUCAAUAACACAAACUGCAUUUUCUGGUUAGACGUGUACCAGAGAAUAUUUAACCUGUCACCUUUUGCAUUCCAAAUGUACAAACUA